CCCUGGCAGCCCUGGCUACAGCUUCGGCUUGGAGCUCCUGCCCGCAAUAGGUAUGGAUAGAUGUACCCCGCUAGCAGGGAGUGGACCUCGGUUUGACGUUACGUCGCUUCAAACUCAAUUGAUUUUAGUUUUCUUGGAAAUGAUAGCUAUUCACUUUCACUAUUCCGAAUUAAUUAAUCUAAGCUAAAUACAACUGCCCAACAUGUCUUCCGGAAUUCCAGACAUUGUGAAACAUCGCGUCAGCGAAAGGGCGAAGAAGACGUUAGAUAUCGUGGCCAAGUUUGUCGACGAGGAGUGUAUACCAGCGGAUCCCGUCCUCGAAGCCCAGAUCGGCGAAGGUUCAGCGCGAUGGGACCACCAUCCCCCUAUUAUCGAAGACCUAAAGGCGAAGGCGAAAAAGCUGGGUUUAUGGAACAUGUUCUUCCCUAAGGGCCACUAUAAGGAAUCACCAGGCUUCACGAACUUGGAAUAUGGUUUGAUGGCCGAGUGGCUAGGCAAGUCGAGGACCGCACCCGAAGCCACGAACUGUGCAGCGCCGGAUACGGGAAAUAUGGAAGUUCUAGCCAAGUACGGCAACGAAGCGCAGAAGGCACAAUGGCUGAAGCCUUUGAUGGAAGGCGAGAUUAGGUCUGCUUUUCUCAUGACCGAGCCCGAUAUCGCCUCGUCCGACGCGACAAACAUCCAGCUUAGCAUCACGAAGGAUGGAAAUGACUAUGUCCUGAACGGAUCUAAAUGGUGGUCAAGUGGUGCCGGCGAUCCUCGGUGUAAGAUCUACGUUGUCAUGGGCAAGACGGACGCGAACAACAAGGAUCCUUACAAGCAACAAUCCGUUAUCCUCGUCCCCGCAAACACAAAGGGUAUUACCAUCCACCGCAUGCUCAAUGUCUACGGGUACGACGACGCGCCACACGGUCAUGGUCAUAUUUCCUUUAAGAACGUCCGAGUCCCAGCCAGCAACUUGGUCCUUGGCGAGGGGCGAGGUUUUGAGAUUAUCCAAGGCCGUUUAGGACCAGGCCGCAUCCACCAUGCUAUGCGCAGCAUCGGCGCUGCUGAACGAGCUCUCGAAUGGAUGUUGAUGAGGAUCAAUGAUCCCAAGAAGACCCCUUUCAAAAAGCAGCUGAGGGAACACGGGGUAAUCCUCGAAUGGGUCGCUAAGUCGCGGAUAGAAAUCGACGCGGCACGGCUCAUCGUCCUCAACGCUGCCGUAAAAAUGGACGACUUAGGCCCCAAGGCAAGCUUGAAGGAAAUCGCCCAGGCCAAAGUCCUCGUCCCGCAGACGGCCUUGACCGUCAUCGAUCGCGCCGUUCAGGCUUUCGGCGCAGCGGGUAUCUGUCAGGAUACGCCGCUCGCGAAUAUGUGGGCGCAAACCCGAACACUUCGGCUGGCAGACGGACCAGACGAGGUUCACUUGCAGCAAAUGGGACGCAAUGAAAACAAAAGGGGCAAGCAAGUCACGCAAAAGAUUCACGGUCAGACUGAGAAAACGGAGCAGCUACUAAGGCAACACAACCUGAAGCGUUUCCAACCUGGGUCAAAUAUCAAGUCUCGGAUAUAGGAGCAUUAUUGGCAUAGAUACGUUUUGUAUUAUCCAUUUCGGGCGGUAAAUGAUUUAUUCUUAUCUGGGCGGUACAAUGUAGUAGCAUCUGUCUCCAGCGCAUUUCGGAACGAGUUCCUUGUAUGAAUGUUUUCCCUUGUCCAAUAAUUGAUAUUCUUCAAAAGCUUGCAAAGCCCUUGGGGGCCUGGAUUAUUCAAAAGCAGCAGCAUUGGUAGAAUGAUAUUACAUCCUGAGAUAUCGUUGGUAUACUACGGGUAUCCAACUUGCGCCUAUCCAGGCACUGGUGACUGAGAGGAGUGAAUAUCAAAUCCAUCAUACUUAAGGAAGUAUCAUAUUACCCAUUGACCUAUUAACUCAUGAACGUGCGUAACAUAGAUGGACUAGUAUACUGACGGCCUUUCUAAUUUGCAUAGAUCAUCUCUAAUUUCAAG